GCAGCAGUCAUAAAAAGCGAAGGCUCUCGACCUCACAAUCAAACAGUUCUCUGCUUAGGAUUCGAAUGCUUCUAAAACACAAAAAAUAUUAUCUUGGAAAAGUGGACUUGUCAUCUGUUUUUCUCCUCUUCUUAUUUUGCACUCUUUUGUUCCUGGUAAUAUUCCAUUUUCAUACCUUUCGCGAGAGGGCUCGUCUGUUCACAGGAAGAAAAUUAAGAAGAAACUAAAAGAAAAACAAGAAGCAAUGAGCGAGGCAGAGCUAAUAUUCGUUCCAGCUCCUGGAGUUGGUCACAUAGUUUCCACCAUUGAAUUUGCUAAGAGUCUGAUCCUCCGUGAUAAUCAAAUACUGGUUACCAUUCUCGUCAUGAAACUGCCCAUCACUCCUUUUAUUGAUGCAUACACCAAAUCACUCACUGCUUCCCAACCCAAUAUCCGUCUCAUUAACCUCCCUCAAGUGGAUCUUCCUUCUCCUGAACUUUUGGCCAAAUCUGUAGAAAGCUAUAUUUGUGCCGUUAUCGAAAGUCACAAACCCCAUGUGCAAAAAAUUGUCUCUGAUAUCAUAUCUUCCAGAUCUAGCUCAGAUUCGUUUCCAGUUGCAGGGAUAAUUCUUGAUUUCUUUUGCGUGUCCAUGAUUGACAUUGGAGAUGAAUUGGGCUUGCCUUCUUUUAUAUUCUUGACAUCCGGUUUAGGAUUCUUGAGUCUCAUGCUUUAUCUACCCUCACGCCAUGAACAAAUUGGCACUGAAUUUAGCUUCUCUGAUUCUGAGGUUUUAAUUCCAGGUUUUGCCAAUCCUGUUCCUCCAAGAGUUUUGCCUGAAGCUGUGUUUAACAAGCAUGGUGGUUAUGCUGCUUAUGUUAAGAUAGCUCAAAGGUUCAAGGACGCAAAAGGUAUUAUAGUUAAUACAUUUACCGAGCUCGAAUCUCAUGCACUUGAGUCCCUUCGUAAUGGCCAGAACCCUAAGAUUUACCCGGUUGGACCGGUGCUGAACUUGAAGGGUCAUCCGCAUCCAGACAUGGACCAUGGUCAAUGGGACAAGACCAAAAAGUGGCUCGAUGAGCAACCUGAAUCAUCUGUGGUGUUCUUGUGUUUUGGAAGCGCAGGGGCAUUUAGUAUAUCCCAAGUGAAAGAAAUAGCUCUCGGUCUGGAGCAGAGUGGGUACAGAUUCUUGUGGUCCAUGAGAGUUCCUCCAGUACAAGAUGAAGUCCCUAAAUUCAAGAACCCAGAGGAGAUGUUGCCAGAAGGAUUCUUGCAAGGAAUAGAAGGGAGAGGAAUGAUAUGUGGGUGGGUACCACAGGUAGAGGUGCUAGCCCACAAGGCCAUAGGAGGGUUCGUAUCUCAUUGUGGGUGGAAUUCUAUCUUGGAGAGCUUUUGGUAUGGGGUGCCUAUUGUGACCUUGCCUAUUUAUGCAGAGCAGCAGCUUAAUGCAUUUACAAUGGUGAAGGAACUGGGGCUGGCAGUGGAGCUGAAAUUGGAUUACAGGGCAAAUGGAGAUCUUGCGAAGGCAGAGGAGGUGGAAAGAGCUGUGAAAUGUGUAAUGGAAAGUGAUAAUGAGGUAAGAAAGAAGGUGAAAGACGUGGCAGGAAUGGCGAGGAAGGCAGGGAUGGAAGGGGGAUCUUCAUCAACUUCAAUCUUAGAGUUGAUCAAGGACUUCAAAAAAUUUGUGUGAAUCAUUGUUGGUAUUGAAAUAGAAAAGGGGAAAUAAGGUGAUUGCCAGAUAUAAAAACAAUAAAUUUCUAAUUAGGAAUCUCUUUCUUGUUUUGUUUUGAGAAACGUGUGUUGAUGAGAUCAUUCUUGAUUUUCUUGGUUUUAUAUAUUUAUUGCGAGGAAUCAAGUCUGUCAAAAAUUUCAGUUGGCGCUCUUUCCGUUGUAUAAAAAAAUGGAAGAGAAAUCAAUGCUUUAGUGAUUUACAAGGCGUUGCUUUAUUA